AUGUUCGCAAGUAAACUGACAGAGAGAGACCAAGAAGACGCCCCAAUGCUUGUGAUUGGGGCAGGGGUUGGUCGAACCGGAACACUGAGUUUGAAAAUCGCUUUGGAAAUACUAUAUGAAAAACCAUGCUACCACAUGACGGAGAUCGCGCACAAACAUUUGGACCACGUGAAACUGUGGAUAGAAUUGCAUGAUCGACUGGUGCAAGAUAUGGAUACCGAACUGCCUCAGGAUGUGAUCAGGCGGAUUUUCAAGGGUUAUCAGUUGACAACAGACCACCCGGGAUGCGUGAUCUACAAACAGUUGAUGAAAAUGUAUCCUGAUGCAAAGGUCAUACUCACUGUACGAGAUCCGAACACAUGGAUUCAAAGUUUACGCGAGACGGUCAAACCAAAGAGGCCUCUGUUUGGAUCAGGCUGGUUGAAAACUUUGAAAGAACUAAUCAUUUUGACUCCGGGGUUUGAGCACAUGACGGACCAAUCUGUUUCCUUAGCUCUAGGAAAGAAUUUGGACUUGAAUGAUGAUGAACAGAUGAAACAGGCAUUUGUGCGUCGAAACGAAGAAGUUAAACUAGUGGUACCAGCAGAUCGACUGCUCGUAUUCCAGGUCAAAGAAGGCUGGGAACCUUUGUGUCGAUUUCUGGGGAAACCGAUUCCAGAAGUUCCAUUCCCCCACGUCAACGAUCGUCAGUCGAUGAAGGAGCGAUUGAAACAGUUUCAAAGGCGAGCCAAUAUUGUCGUCGCUUCCAGCCUGAUCCUUCUUGGUGUGGCUCUUGCUUUGGGAGUAUUCUGUUCCAAAUUAACAUGA